CGACCGCACACCAAGAGUAAUCAGUGCGGCUCGCCAUGAAUACCCUAUACCUAAUUGUAUCAUCACCUCAAUGAACCGGCUGCGCAUCUGAUCGCUCUGCGCCUCAAACACGCCCCAAAUGCCAAUCUGCAUCGAGUGUCGGCACCCCGUGAAAACGCUGUGGACCAAGUACUCGGGCACUGGAGAUGGGGACAAGGUCAGCGGCCACAACAUCCGCUUGACGGUAUGCAAAAACUGCGGAAGGUUCUGUGACAAAUAUGUCGAGCAUGAUUUCGUGGUUUUGUUUGUGGACUUGGUCCUCAUCAAGCCUCAGGUCUACCGGCAUUUGCUGCAUAACUCGCUGAUGCGGGACGGAGACCGUUUUGAUCCUACCAUGAUCCGGCUUGGCAUUCUUCUGCUUCUCUUCGACGUCUAUCUGACCUGGGCGCGGAUCGAAAAGCAGUUUAACACCAGCAGUAGCGCAGACCAAUCUAGCUUCAGUCGCAUAGCGCAACAGCCCAUUGUGCUACAGUACAUGUUCUUCUUGCUGCUGUGCACUCUCUCGAACCUAGCCUUCCACUUGUCGAUCCGUUUGCUCACGUCGUCGCCGUGGUCGCCGUUGGUCCUCCUGGGGCUUCUCCCAGCACCGUUCGAGAGGCCCAAUUCUGUAUCGACAGCUCUGCUCGUGUCAUCAUCUACGAAGCUUUUUCCGAUACUCAUGGUCAUAUGGAACUACGAUGUGCCUGCAGCUGCCCGUAGUCUUGGCUGGGCCGUGGUGGCCAACAAUGUCGAGGCGCUUAUGAUACUCCUCGACUGUGGCUACGGCGCGGCAGCUUUGUUGACUACCGCAGGUGCACUAAGCAGAUGGGCCAUCAGCAGCGCAUUUCUCACUGCUGCGGGUUUGGAAGGAGUUUCGGUCGCGGCCGAGACGAGCAUAGCCGAGGACGGAAGAGCACUGUGGGCAUUCUUGCUUACUGCAAAUGAAUGGGCCGGCAGGCUGGCCACGGGUUAACAACAUAUCAAUUGGCACAAUGUGUCUAUAAAGAAUCAAAGAGACAAAGGAACCGAAGCUAUCUUCAGAUUAAAGGUCUUGUGCUUGUUCCCUGAGUUGAUCGACGGCCUGCAGUUACGACUUGGAGCAUUCCUCUGAACCGAUAAAACCUCGCGUAAUAGUAAUGUAUAAUUCCGAAUGGCCAGUUUUGACCACGAGGCUUCUCCAAAGACAGAAUAACAGCGAAAAUCCAACCAAAACGCCGGCGAAAUGUGUAA